GUUAAGUCGUUUGGCCCAUAAGCAACCCAAUUGCCCUCAAGACAUGAAAAACCACAAAAAUGCCACUAGCCAAAGCAUUUUCCUGCUUCACACUAACGAACGGCUGAUAACUCGCCACGUGGUUCAUCUCAAUCUGACUUACUGUGACAGGUGGCAGACCUUUCAGGUCAAGCACCAGGAAAUUCGACCGUUGGAUCAAAACCGACGGUUUAAGAUCUAUUCAUGGCCCACAGGGGCAGAGUGGCGGAGGCCUUUAAGAAGGGGUGGUCUCUGGCUGUUGUUCCUCGCUCUGUCGGGAAGUUUCGGUUUCCCGCUGUUUUCCUCCUUGGUUUCUUGCCGGAGAUUCGCCUGGAGUGUGGUGUAUGUCAUCUCGGUUAGCAGAAAUGAGCCGUGUUGGGAUGAAAGUCAGGUGGUUUUCAUGAGGAAAGACACCACCACCGCCGCCGCCGUUGCUGAUUAUUCGUUCGAGCACAAUCGAAAUACCAAUCCGAUGCUAAGUCAGACUCAGACUGCUGGUAGUAGAGAGAUCCAUUCCUUUGAUCCGUCCGGUGACAACCAUUUCCGACCCGCCUUUGACCCGACCCGGAAACUAGUUGGGUUGAGCAAGCGGAAAGAGUCUUAUCGUGGCCGCCGUGUCACCUUCGACCUCAGUGCGUAUACCAGAGAAGAGCUUAAGCAGCUUAAGCAGAGGUUCAUCUCAGAACUUGAACAGGUCCGUGUUCUAAGGAACCGGAUUGAGUCCGGCGACUUUGAAACCCGAUCGAUUUGCCCGUCUUCUCAGGUGUCGGCUACUCGACCACAGCAGCAGCAUCCAGUACAAGUUGCGGAUCCGACGAAAAGUGACGACAAGAAAAAGAAGGGUCCGGGAACUAAACGUAGCAAUCCGUUCAGCGCGGGGAAAGAUCGGACCCCGAAACAGUCCAUUGUGGAGUUGCCAGUGAUGGAGAAGAGCAUGAUGAGGAAGUGUAGUCAGAUCUUGAGUAAGUUAAUGAAGCACAAAUUUGGGUGGAUCUUUAACGACCCGGUGGAUGCGGCGGGGUUAGGGCUGCAUGAUUAUCACCAGAUCAUCAAGCAUCCUAUGGAUCUCGGUACUAUCAAGAUGAAGCUUGAUGGCAAUGGUUAUGAAUCACCGGUUGAUUUUGCUGCCGAUGUGAGACUGACAUUCAACAAUGCCCUAACUUACAACCCUAAAGGUAGCGAUGUGAAUACCUUGGCAGAGCGUUUAUUGUUUCAAUUUGGGCAAAUGUUUGAUCCUGCAUUCAAGAAAUUCGAGAAUGAGAGGCCCAAAGUCUUAGAGGAAGUAAAGCCAAGGCUGCAGAAUUCAGUUGCUGGCGUGGAUGAAAGUGCAAGGAAAGGGCCUGAUCGAAUGUCGGUAGUGAGGAAACCAGAGGCUGAAUUGGCUGCUCCUGCUGUUGGGAUAAAAAUGGGGAAGUUGCCAAAGCCAAAGGCGAAGGACCCAAACAAGAGAGAUAUGACCUUGGUGGAGAAGGCGAAGCUGGGGUUGAGUCUGCAGGAGUUGCCGCCAGAAAAGAUGACCCAAGUUGUGCAGAUUCUGCGCAAGAGGAAUGGACACUUGGCUCAAGAAGGAGAUGAAAUUGAGAUCGACAUUGAGGCAAUUGAUCCUGAGACGCUCUGGGAGCUUGACAGAUUUGUGGUUAAUUAUAAGAAGAUGGUCAGCAAGAUUAGACGCCAAGGGCUUAUGCAGAAUCCGGUCUCCACCGCCCAAAUGGAUGAGUCGCCGAGAAGUGAAGUGGCAGAAGCAGCGCAGAGGAUCAGAAAAGGGGAAGUAGCUGGUGGGGAAGAAGAUGUUGACAUUGGUGAUGAAGUUCCUGUAGUGAAUUAUCCUCCUGUGGAGAUUGAGAAGGAUGAUGCUAAUGGAGCUAUUGCUUGCAAGUCUAGCAGCGCUGGUGGCUCCAGUUCCAGCAGUGGGUCCUCCUCAUCUAGUGGUUCUGAUUCCGGGAGCUCCUCAGAGAGUGACUCUGAUGCUGAUAGUAUUCAGUCACCUUUUGUUGGUUGAUUGACAUGGAAGUUGGAGCUGAUCUGCUUGCUGGAGUUUAUUGGGUAACCCAAUGUUUUGAAAGUUGAGUUGGUUUUUCUUGCUUUGUCCUGCCCUUUUCAGUGAUGAGAUCGGAUUGGGAAGGCUGUGUUGGGAGGAUUUCAGGAUGUUUUGGUAGAGUGUACAAAGUUGUUUUUGCGUUUAGAUUGCAGCACAUAGUCAAGAGGAAUGGGGUAGAUAAGGAGAUGGAUAGAGUAGUAUUUGAGUUUGUAGGCAGUAGGAAGUGGAGAGAAGAAAGACCACCACUUGGUUUUCACGGUGGUGAAGCAAAGCAGGAAACUUGUAUAGAGACUAAUCAUCAAAGAAAAAUUAAGUAAAAGCAAUUGACCUCUCUUUUCUUAGAAUGAUAGCGCAUGAGUCUCUUCACCAUCUUCUCUGAUGCAGUGAUGAUUAAUGAAAAACAGCUGUUUCACUUUCACCAUGUCUUAUUGUCCAUU